AGCGAGAGAGAGAGAAAGAGAGAGAGAGAGAGAGAGAGAGAGAGAGAGAGAGAGAGAGAGAACGAGGGAGUGGGCGAACAAGGGGGAGCGAACCUGGCCCUUUAAAUUGCACAUCUUUUCGGAGAGGGGAAAACGCAUUGAGUGAGAACUUUGAAGAGCCUUCAUUGAACUGGCUGUCUGCUGUCUCACAGGAGCUGUUUCUGACGGAGAACUGGACGAAGCAUUUUCUCUUUGGCUUGGUGUGUGAACCAAUGGCAGAGAAUGUCGACGACUAAUAACAUCGCACAGGCCCGGAAGCUGGUAGAGCAGCUGCGGAUCGAGGCUGGGAUCGAGCGCAUCAAGGUGUCGAAGGCGGCGGCGGACCUGAUGAACUACUGCGAGCAACACGCCCGCAACGACCCCCUCCUGGUGGGCGUGCCGGCGUCCGAGAACCCCUUCAAGGACAAAAAGCCCUGCAUCAUCCUAUAGCUUCGCCCCGGACACGGCCCCUGCCCGCCCCUCCCUCUGACUCCGCCCCGGCAACAGGCUCUGGGGCGUGACUAGUCAAACACUACUUUUGACCUGAAAUGAAAUGUAACUUCGCUCAAUGCUCUGGACAACUCAACAAUUUUACUGUGAAGGGAAAAAAUCGAGCCGACGCCAACGUCGGCCCUCUAUACGAACCCGAGGUGUGUGCGUGUGCACGCGUAUGGAAAUAUGCGUACAUAUAGACGCGUGUGUGUGUGCGCAUAUAUCCAUAUGUGUAUAUACGCUUUAUAUACGGGGGAAGGACAAAAUAAACUAGGCCUAUUAAUGACGAUGGUGCGUCAAAAAGAGACGUAGGGAUUUGUAACGUAUUGAGAAAUCCAGACACAGUGAGCAUUAAAAUUCAAGGGGAGCCAAAGUCAAUGGUGACUGGGGUGGUAUGGUAUAGACAUUUAGAUUAGGUUAUUUUAGACUGGCUGGCUAGCAGUCAGUUUGUGGGAUUGGUUGCGCUUUAUUUGUUCAUUUCUCUCUCUCUCUUUCUCUCUCUUAUUCUCUCUUACUCUCUCUUAUUCUCUUUUACUCUCUCUUGCUCUCUUUCUUUCUCUUACCUUGAAAGUGGCUUUAUUAUUUGUGGAAGUGUAUUGCCAAAAUCGACAGACAUAUCCUGCUAUUACUUUUUCCUUUUUUAAGUGAAGACAUAAAAAAUUACAUUUGUGUAUAAUGCCUGAGCAUUUUUAGGCACACUCACAGACAGUUCUCAGAAGUAUUCUCUUUUAUCCGUGGAUUUGGAUCUUGCUAUACCGAUAAUCCAUAUUUUUGUGGCGUUACAUAUGCUAUUCAUAGGAGUUUAUAUAUAGUGGAGAAAUGUAUUCGUAAUGUACUCCCUCACACUCCUACUGAAGAGGUCCUUUGAUCUGCGGUGGGAGCCGAUCCACUUCCUGUGCCAAAGCGAGCGCAUCACUGCACCCUGAAGGAGGGGGUGGCUCCUCUCCGGUCUCUGGCCAGAGAAAUUAAAGCGCUCACCUACGUCCGAUACGGACUGUAGCUGGAGUGCGGCCAUUUUGCUGCGUCUUGCCUCCCUCCUUGUCCUCUCCCUCCCAUUGGCUACGCUCACCCAACUCAGCGUUCGUUUCACUCACCCUGUUCCGAUAUCUCAGCGUUUCACUCACCCUGCUCAGAUAUCUCAGUGUUUCAUUCACCCUGCUCAGAUAUCUCAGUGUUUCAUUCACCCUGCUCAGAUAUCUCAGUGUUUCACUCCCCCUGCUCAGAUAUCUCAGCGUUUCACUCACCCUGCUCCGAUAUCUCAGAGUUUCACUCACCCUGCUCAGAUAUCUCAGCGUUUCACUCACCCUGCUCAGAUAUCUCAGUGUUUCAUUCACCCUGCUCAGAUAUCUCAGUGUUUCAUUCACCCUGCUCAGAUAUCUCAGUGUUUCACUCCCCCUGCUCAGAUAUCUCAGCGUUUCACUCACCCUGCUCCGAUAUCUCAGAGUUUCACUCACCCUGCUCAGAUAUCUCAGUGUUUCACUCCCCCUGCUCAGAUAUCUCACUGUUUCACUUGGUCACCCUGCUCAGAUAUCUCAGUGUUUCACUCACCCUGCUCAGAUAUCUCAGUGUUUCACUCACCCUGCUCAGAUAUCUCAGCAUUUCACACACCCUGCUCAGAUAUCUCAGUGUUUCAUACAGUGUGUGUGGUCAGCGUGACCCUUCGAGUUAAGAGGUCGCCCCCACCACGGCGGACAUUUUGUAUUCCCUCCGCACCACACACUCAGUGUUAAGCCUGUGUGCGGCAAUGGACGGAGGUGAACAUUGCCCCUUCUUGCAGAUUACCUCAUCCUGGAUCUGGAAAAGGCCCAUUUCCACUGCCUGCUGUAUGUGAACUCUCGACAAGCGGUGUUUGCUGAGGGACUCGGAUGACUAGUUAUACAGUGAUGACAUCACAGCAUUCACUAGCCCAUGUGCGAUUGUGUCUGGCCUGUCUUGCAGAAUGGUAGCCAUUCAUGAUAUCCUCGAUGCCGCAACUUGUGGUGCUAGCCUGGAGGGAAGUGGGACAUGGAAGGCCCAGAGUAAUCGGAAAGACGUUGUUCGUGGUGACGGAUUGCAUAUCCAGACCACUCUGUCACAUUCGUCUGAUAUAUUAAAAGCUUGUUUCCCUCAAGCAGCGUAGGCAAUGUUACCGCAAUAGUUAUUGACACCUGUGCCAAUUAAAAACGUUCCACAGAAUUUGACGGUUCGAUAGAUUUGAUCAAUUGUAGUCGUUAACCAAGCACUAAUGCAAAGUGUUAGAAGUAUAGCCCUUUUUUGUCCGUAACGCUCAGUACCUUAACUCUGCGUGAUACAGCAUACUGUUACAUGUCUGAGUGCAUUUAAGUUCGUGUGAUGUCAUGCGUUGCAGCCGUGAUCGUGUUUGACUGUAAGACCUGGCAGCGGUUCAGCUAGCCUCACCUCACCGGAGUCCCGUCGGGGAGCAGGAAUGUGAUGUAGUACACGGAGAGGAAUGUGGAUGGAGGACUCACUCGUCAUUAAAUGCAUCGAUUCAACCCACACAGUUUCAGUUUUCACUUUCAGCUGUGUUUCAUGCGCACGGAGACCCGUGUUAUCAUUCUGUUCGUGUCCAGAAAAAGGUAAUAGCAGGAUUGUGAAUCGUAAAAGAAAAAUGCCAAAAAACUAAAUUAAUCUUUAAAAAAAUUAUAAUAAAUGGAUGAAAAUAAAUGAAAAUGUACAAACGAAAGAACACAAAAAAGGCUGAGACAAGUAUCAGUAACUGUAAUGUCCUGUACGUAUUAUUAGAGAUAAUAACAAAACAUCCACCCCUGAGAGAAAUUCUACGGCAGUGCCGAAUCCAGCUCCGACCCACGAGACCUGCAGAAACGACCCGCCCUUGGUGUGAGAGUCGAUGAGCAGGGUGGAGGCAGCCGAGCGACCCGUCGCUGAUGGAGAAACCAGGCCAGAGCUUGGGAGGUCGAGCUGUUCCACGCUAUGUUGCACAUAUUUGGGUUACUGUAGCAAUUACACUGUAGCAACCGAGGGCCCAGAAACUCAGUUUUCGCUUGGGCAAAGGAAAUUGACGGUUAUAUCCAUGGCUAUUUUGGUGACAAGAGGGGGGUCAACAGUCUUAUACGACAAGCCAGACUCCAGUCUGUGCUCAUCCUUAUUUUAGCCUGCCGUUUCCCUGGAAAAUAAGGUUUGAUUGUAAAAAUAAAUAUGGAACAGCAUGUAGAUUAUUUUAACAUGCCAUAAAAAAAAAAGAAAAUAACUUAAACCAGCCAUUUUAUUAUGUCUGUUUCGUUUUCUUAUUUGCGUUGGCUCUCGGAUAUCUCUGGUUGUUAACUGUACAGUAUUUGUCAAAUAUUUAGGAGAAACCACGUUCUUACGGCUCUACAGAAAAAGUGCUUCACUGCUUAACUUCACUUGUGAAUGGCUUUUUAUAUAUAAAAUCAAAACUCAAAAAAGGUUCAAAAAAAACAAAAACAAAAAAACAAGGUCCGGAUUCCAUUAAAUGAGAUGGUUUGCUUUUUAAUUGUUGUGGCGGUUAAUGGUAUAUGAAUGUCUUUUCAGUUCUUUAAAAAAAAAACGUAUUUCUUUCGCUUCAUUCAGUUGAGGGUUGGAACAUUGCGAGGUGAGUUAUUGGUGUUAUUCCGACUGUUGGCCGGCUGUACACGGCGUGUUCAGGACAGAACGGCCUCGGGCCAGACUGGGCUGCAGUGGAGCGUGUGGAGACCCAGGUGAUAAGUCAUUACCUGCGAGAGAAAUGCCCGGGCUGCUGCUGCUGCUAGACUGUCGUAAAGGAGCCGUUGUAUUUCUCACUGUACGCGGGUGUUCAGGUUCACUGCGUUCAGUGGUGGCGCCGGGUGGAUAGUGUUCGGGACCGCGGCGUUCGGUCGCCGGCGUUCAGCGCGUCGGUAUCGUGCGGGAGCACGGCUCCGGUUUGGGAUCGGAUCAAGAGCUCCGAGCACGGUCGCUCGGUCCUAAUGAUACCCUGCGCAAACUGAAAAUAGCCCCCGUCCCUGCCGGUAAUCCCGGCACGGAGAUUAGAAGCCGUUUCUGGGAAUACGUAGGCAGUUAAAUUGGGUUCAAGGAAUUCACAUCGAGGCGAACAAAAACCUUAAGAUUACAGUCGGAAAGGCCAAACACUCCGCUUUAUGCAACAGGCAUGUGAUUGGUUUAGUCAUUUGAGUGUCACAUGAUGGGGAAUUCUGGGAGCAGGCCCACACAGAGAAGUACUGUGUGUGUGUGUGUGUGUGUGUGUGUGUGUGUGUCUGUGUGUGUGUGUGUGUGUGGGUGUGUUUGUCUGUGUGCACUGUGUGUCUGUGUGUCUGUGUGUGUGUGUGUGUGUGUGUGUGUGUGGGUGUGUUUGUCUGUGUGCACUGUGCAGGGCUUGGGGUGCAGAGCAGACACUGAGAAGCGGGGUAAUGUGGCAGAUGACUCGUGUGUCGUAAUCGUAACCCGACAGCAAACGGCGCAGAUAAAGCUCUCGUGAGGUUCCUCUUCUGUGCGUUACGAGCGGAAAACAAGUCGACAGAGACCAGUGUGAGAACUGAGAGGCGUUUUCGGCAGAGGAACAAAAAGGCUGUUUGAUUCGGCGCCCCUGGUAACCGCCCGCCCCUUCACAGGAAGUCGGGGCGAGUGGCUGGCCGGCCCCUCCCCCGCGGAUGAUUAAGCGGGGUGAGAAGUCACGGGGUGCUUCGUCAGACUCGGGGGGGGGAGGGACGGACGGAGGGACGGAGGGCACUCCGCACACCUCUUCACGUCUGAGGAGAGAGAGGUCAGGGAGUCAGGGAGGUGUUAGAAGGACAGAGCGGAUUGGGGCUCUUCUGCGAUCGCGACUACAAGGCUGACCGUCCCCCGCCCCCUUUCAGCUGAGGCCAGCUCCGUGCUGAAUAGCGCACGUGUGGCUCUGACCUCGUUUCCAGACCGUGUCCCGGUGACCGUGUCCCAGUGACCUCACCCAUAGGCCUUCAGGCUGGAGGCUGCGCUGUCGAUGAGCUUUGGACCAAAGCCAAACCCUCUGUCCUGCAGACGGUUGUGCACUUCUGACAGACUGCAGUGCGUCCGAUAUGUGAGGUAGGGGUCCUUACUGCUGGCCCUGGAGAGCCGCAGGGUGUGCUGGGGUCCUCACUCCUGGUGCUGGAGAGCCGCAGGGUGUGCUGGGGUCCUCACUGCUGGUCCUGGAGAGCCGCAGGGUGUGCUGGGGUCCUCACUCCUGGCCCUGGAGAGCCGCAGGGUGUGCUGGCUUUCAUUGUUACUCUUGCACUUAAUUGAUCAACUUGCACACUCGCCUCACCUGCUUUCUUGGGUCUGAAUCAGUUGCUGAAAUUUAGGCUAAAACUAAAAUCCCUUCUCUAGGGCUUGGGCACGGUGAGCUCUGGUAAUGGAGCGUUUCAUUUUGGGGCACAGUGGCUCUUUUAAAACCCUUAAUCCAGUGCUGAUUCACAUCGCAGUGACGGUUUAUGGACACGGCUUAAAAUCCGACUUGUGAGCAGAGGCCCAUGUGUGUGACUGCAGUCCGUGUGAAACUCAUUCACCUCCCAGCGAUUCUGGUAAGGGAAGUAUCACCUUCCACACACCCUGACAAGAGACGAGGAGUCCAGAACUCGCCUUCAGUUCUUCUGUGCGCUCCCUCCACAAAUGAUUAUAUAACAUUUUAACAGUGUUUCUUCUUCGCUGUUUCUGUUAAUCCCAUAGGAUUAUGGCAGCAGAAGAUCCUAUGCAUCGCUUGGUUUUAUUAUGCAGUUUCUCAUGUUGAUACUUCCCGUGGGGCUUGGGAUGAGGAGUCGGGUUACUUACAGCAUGUAGGGCAGUCUGUAGCGUAGUGGUUAAGGUAAAGGACUGGGACCCGCAAGGUCGGUGGUCCGAUGCCCGGUGUAGCCACAAUAAGAUCCGAACAGCCAUUGGGCCCCUGAGCAAGGCCCUUAACCCUGCAUUGCUCCAGGGGAGGAUUGUCUCCUGCUUGGUCUAAUCUACUGUAAGUCGCUUUGGAUAAAAGCGUCAGCCAAAUGACACGUAAAAAACAGAGAUGGUGCUGAAGAUCUGCACCAUGUUCACAGACACUUUCACCACGGUAGUUCAGCUUCAACUAGUCAGGAGCCCCAUGAUAUUACUCACAUCCCUAUUUAUACUGCGAGGGGGAGAGCGAGGGGUACUGUAGUAGUAGAGGGAGUCACUUCGGAGAGUCCAACCCUAACCUGAAUCGUAGGUUUUCUAUUGAAUAAAAAUGUUUUUUUUUGUUGGUGUUGUUGUUCUCGUUGUUGUUGUUUUCUUAACAUUUGUUCAUAAUUUCCAUUGUAUGUACAUGUAUUUAAUCUUUUUGCCUUGAAUGAUAAUUACGAGAAAAAAAAAAAUGAAGAAAUAACAAGUCUAUAUAUUUUUUGUAAUGGUUCUUCUCUGAUGUGCCAUAGCCCAUGUUUUCCUGCACACUGUUUUAAUAUUUUGUGGAUAUUGCUGUUAAAAAAAAAUGAUAACAAAACAUAGAUAUGAUUAAUAAAAAGGAGAACAACCUGA